AACGCGAUUGAAUACCUCCACAAUGCACAAAAGCCCGAAGGAGGCUGGGUGGGUUCCUGGGGGAUCUGCUUCACCUACGCUACCCAAUUUGCAUUAGAGAGUCUCUCCCUCGUCGGCGAGACCUAUGAGACAAGUCCAUACUCACGCAGAGCCUGUGAAUUCUUGUUGAAGAAGCAGAGGAAGGAUGGGGGGUGGGGUGAGAGUUACAAAUCGUGCGAGCAGAGCGCAUGGGUCGAGCAUGAGAACAGCCAAGUCGUGCAAACGUGCUGGGCGGUGAUGUCCUUAAUGUAUGCCCGGUACCCAUACCCCGAGCCCAUCGAAAAAGGCAUACAGCUUGUCAUGUCGCGCCAACUUCCUAACGGCUCCUGGCCACAAGAAGCCAUCGAAGGGGUGUUCAACAAAACAUGCGCUAUUGCCUACCCCAAUUUCAAGUUCUCGUUCCCGAUAUGGAUGUUGGGCAAGGCGCACAAGUAUUUAGCUGAGCUCAAAGGUGGGAGUGGGAAUGGAUAG